GUCUAUUCGAUGUGAUCGUACCCUUAGUCAUUUAAAAUUUCGAAAAUAUUUUUAUCUUUAUAAAUUAAAUGCUUAUUUGCUUUUAAAUUAAUCUAAUAUUCGUUACAAAUAUAUGAAGUUCGAACAGUCAAGUGCACAAACAACCAGUUUGUAAAAGUGGAAAUAUAAUAAUGUCCCCAUUAUUUGUCGUGAUCGAAUUGUGUUAUUAUAAAUCAUAAACUAUCGAUAUUUUUUGAUUAAUAAUUUAGUCACAGCAUAACAUACAUUUGAUGUAGAUUCAUGACGUUGCAAUGAAAUUAAUCGAUAAAUUGAUCAUGUUUGUUGUGUGUGAUAACCUUUGAAGAUAAAAAAUGUAAACAAUACGACAAAUUUCUCUUAAACAUUCAAUUUAAACAUGAAACUAACAAAAUUUUAUACGGUAUUUAUUGUUUUCAUAGUCUUUAUUAGUGUGUUUUAUUUUUUAUUUUAUUUAAAGUGGGAUACUAGACAGAUUAAAAAUAAAAUAAAGAUCCAAUGGUCAGAAGAUAUGAUUAAACCAGAAAUAAAUGAACAAAACUCAAGAUUUUCCAUGAUAGGAGAAAAAAUUGUGCAUAUAGAUCUAAAAGGUGCCCCUCCAAAAAUAAGUUUCUAUAAAUAUCUACUUCCGUUACUCGCGAAAUUCGGGGCUACUGGAAUUUUGUUAGAAUAUGAAGAUAUGUUUCCUUAUAGUGGAGAUUUAGUUAAUAUUUCUGCUAGGAACGCUUAUACAUUAGACGAUAUUAAAGAAAUAAAUAAGUUAGCAGCUGAACAGAACCUAAAAAUCAUACCGUUAAUUCAAAUGUUUGGACAUUUAGAGUUCAUUUUAAAACUGAACAGUUACGAAGACUUGAGAGAAGUUCCCGAAUACCCUCAAGUGAUUUGCCCUACACACGAAAAGACUGUUAAAUUAUUGGAGGUUAUGGUAGAACAAGUAAUCAGAUCUCAUAAUAAUAUUCGGUACAUCCAUAUAGGAGCCGACGAAGUUUUUUAUUUAGGUGUAUGUGAUAGAUGUACAGAUUUUAUGAUGAAGAAUAAUUUAUCAAAGAAUCUAUUAUACGCGCAGUAUAUUAAAAAAAUCGUUGGGAUAAUUAAGAGGCUUUAUCCCAAUAUAACUGUUUUAAUGUGGGAUGACCAAUUUAGAUCAUUUACCAAUAGAGAUUUUAGCUUUAGUAAUAUAAGUAAUUAUAUAGAACCUGUGAUAUGGAAAUAUACCAAAGAUGUUUACGACGAAUUAGGGCCAUCUUUAUGGAAUAGUUAUAAAAAACAUUUUAAAAAUGUGUGGAUUGCUAGUGCGUUUAAAGGAGCUACAGGUAGCAACGAAGUACUACCAGCAACAACGCACUAUCUACAAAACCAUCACAGUUGGAUGUCUGUUGUUGCAGAAUAUUCCAAUCAGAUUAAUUUUCAGGGAAUUAUAAUAACAGGUUGGCAAAGAUACGACCACUUCGCGAUUUUAUGCGAAUUAUUACCACUAGGUUUACCCAUUUUAGCCAUGAGUCUUAGAAUAGUUCUUGGUUAUAAUGAUUCCCCUUUGAGUCCUCCAACAGAGAUAGCAAAUCUUUUAAAAUGUAAACAACCUUACGCGUUGAUAGGUCCGGCGUUCGGGAGUCCUAAAUGUACUUUUCCCGGGGGAGAGAUAAUCGAAAAUAUUAUACGUUUUCAGCAAUUGAAACAAGAGUUCGAAUCUAUCAUUGAAAAUUCGAAAGUGAAAGGUUGGAUGACUGAUUACAAUGUUAAUCAUUGUUUUACGAAUAUUUAUUACGUUGAGACUGUUACUACACCAUUGGGAAAAAUAAAACAGGAUUUAUUUGAAGUAAAGGCUCUAUUAGAAGUUUCUUUAUCUGAUAUUUAUGACGAAUUUACCGUGAAUGAAUGGAUCGAGACUUACGUCAAACCAUUGGACACACAAGUUAAUAAUCUGUGGAAUGCAAAGAUGAAAUUGACAAGUAAAAAAAAUUGGGAUAGACGACCUUUUGUUAAAGAAACUUGUAGAUAAAUUUCCAUUUAGAAAUUGAACUUUAUAUUCAAAUAAAGUAGAUGAUUUCAUUAUAAA